AUGGGAAGAGCUAGUGUGCUAUCUCUAGUGGUUGUGUGCUUCACCUUGACCUUGAGGCUGAGGGUUAGUAAUGCUAACACCGAAGGUGAUGCCUUAUACGCCUUCAAGCAAGCCCUAAGUGAUCCUCAAGAUGUUUUAGAAAACUGGGACCCUACUCUUGUCAACCCUUGCACAUGGGAACAUGUACAAUGCGACAGCUCAAGCAAUGUAGUAAGAAUGGAGGUAUACAGUAAUAAGAUAAAUGGGUCUAUACCAAAGCAGCUUGGACAACUUACUCAGUUGGUCAGCUUGGACCUUUACGACAAUGAUCUCACUGGCAAAAUUCCAAAGGAGCUGGACAACUUGAACAAUUUGAUGUUUCUUCGGCUAUAUGAUAAUGCAGAUUUAUUAGGCACCGUACCUGAGGCCCUGGCGUGUAAACCAAUCCUACGUCCUCUGAAUGUAACGGGAACCAAACUGGACAUCCCCGCCGGAUGUCUUUAA